AGUCAAUCGCGUUGUCCUAGUGAGUGUACCUCAGUGUAUUGUUUACUGCUUAGUUUUUGUGAUUUUUAUUUACUAUUUUGGCAUCAUCUGCUUGUAGCAUAAUAUAUGUUUUGUGUCAUAUGCUUCUGCCCUUCAAAUUGAUUUUGCCUGUUUUUGCAGUAAUUCUAUUGAUAUACGACGUCAAUAAUACAUCAAGCAUGGGUUCAACUAAAAAGCUAUUAUCAGUGAAUUUCGAGGUUUUCGGAAGGGUCCAAGGUGUAUUCUUUCGGAAGUACACUGAAAAAGAGGCAAACAAGCUGGGACUGAAAGGGUGGUGUAUGAACACCUCACAAGGAACAGUAAAAGGGGUAAUUGAAGGUCCUUCUUCUAAAGUUGAUGAAAUCAAAAUUUUGCAAGAAAUACAUAAGCAACUUCACAGAAAAGCACAAAUGUAAUACAAUACCAUAACAGGAAUUAUAAACAACACCCAGGCACCAUAAGCAGCCGCCGCACCAACGCACAGAAGCUUUUGAGUUUACCAAUCAAAACAGAUGUUUGACAAACCCAAUUCAGACUCGAAUCCAGGUACUUGAUCCAGAAACUUGAUAUCGUUAAUCUCUGGUAAUGAUCCGCUAUUGCAACGAACCAACAGCGACUCACCCCUGGCAGAUGAUUUACUGAACGUGACAAGUCCAGUUUUAUCUGCUUUCAAUCUUAAUGCAUAAUCCUUGCACCAAUCCUGCAUGGUCCCCACCGCACAAGAACAGACCCCGGACAAGCCAGUCAUGUCCGACGCAGUCAGCACAAUAGUAGUGUCGUCCGCAUACUGGCAAAUCAGACCUUCCAUAAAUCUGUCACAAAGGCCAUCCACAUAGAGCAGGAACAACAACGGUCCCAGAAUUGACCCCUGUUUAAUCAAGGUAACUGAUGAAAAAUGCCUAACACCAUUUUGGGUUAUACAGACAAGCUGCUCCCUACUGUCAAGAUAUGACUAUAAGCAGUGCCAUGUUUACAAAUAAUUUUAAGGAGUAUUUGAUGGUCUAUCGUGUCGAAGGCCUUAGAUAGAAUAAAAAACAGACCGGCCCCUUUUUCAUUCUUAUCCACAUUUUCAACAAUAAAAGUAAGAACCUUAAAUAAGGUUGUGUGGAAUGAUUUGGGCGAAAGCCAAAUUGAUUUCGUGUUAAAAUGUUGUAUUUCUUGAUAAAGUUCAUUAUCCUUGAACAUAUGACCUUUUUGAAGACCUUUGACACAGAAGACAACAGUGAGACUAGCUGAUAAUCAGCUAUAUCAUGCACAUCUCCUUUUUUGAAAAUGGGAACCUCUUUAAAUGUGACGUAAAAAUUCCUGAAAACAGACAUUCAUUAAUAAUAUUAGUUAACGGUUCACAUAUAUAGUUAGAUAUCUGCUUUAGAACUACCACUGGGAUUUCAUCCAAACUAGCUGAAAAUUUCUUUGGCAAACUGGCUAAAAUAAGUUUAAUUUCUCUCUUGUCAACAGGGAGCAAAAAUAAAGUAGGAUUCGUGAUAGCUUCCGAAAAGCAUCAGUAGUUUCUUGGAUAUCUUUUAUUAUUACACCAUUAUUAAGUUUUAGCUAGCUUUAGUUUCUGCAUUUAAAAUACUCCAUGCAGUUUUUGUCAUGUUUUUUGAGUUUAAUAUUUUAUUUUCAUUUAAAGCUAUUUUGUAAUUAGACAGAAAUUUCC